UAAUGUUUGAUAAGCUAUUUAGGCAAUUCUCUUAAUUUUAUGAGAGCUUUAACCCCUCUUAUUUUAUAAUUGCAGUAGUUGCUUUUUCUUAGGGUGUAUAACACUUAGCUGAUUUAUCAAUUAAUUAUAUGCUUAAGGAUGAUUUUGGAUUAUCACCAGCUAUGAUGGGACUUUAUUUAAGUUACACUACAACUCCUUGGAUAGUAAAACCAUUUUGGGGUUUAAUAACAGAUUCUAAGCCUUUAUUUGGUUAUAGAAGAAAAUCAUACAUAAUAUUAUUUGGGAUAUUUGAUGCAUUAGGAUGGAUUGCUUUAUCUAAAUAUGGAACUGAUAGUUUAUAUUCUGCCCUUUUAUUAUUGUUGUUGAUUUAAUUGUCAACAUGUUUUGUGAAUGUUGUUGGAGAAGCUAUUCUAGUAGAAGUUGCUUCUUAAGCCUCAAGAUAAUAAACAAAUUUCUAACAUGGAGCAUCAAAGAAUGUUUCAAUAUUCUUUGGAGUUAGAGCAUUUGGAACACUAAUAAGUGCAUUCUUUUCAGGAUAAUUAUUACAUUAUUUCACAAAAUAAGAAAUAUUUAUGAUGACAGCAGCAUUUCCUUCAUUAUUGGUUUUAGUAUCAUUUUUCUAUGUUGAAGAGAAGGUUGAUCCUAGAAAUUUGGAUUAAAAUGACAGAAGAAACAACACUAUGUAAUGUAUCAAAGACUUUUGGACAUUUUUCUAAAACCCAUUAAUUUACAAGUAUUAUAAUAAUAGAUUCAAGGCCAGUUGCAUUGAUAUUUUGUUUUAUGAUGGCCCCUUCAAGUUCAACUAUCAUGUUCUUUUUCUAUACCCAAGUUUUAGGUUUUGAACCUUCUUUCCUUGGAUAAUUGAAGUUUGUUUAUGCAUUGUCUACAAUUUUAGGAGUGCUCCUUUAUAAUAACUAUCUCAAAGAUGUUCCAUUCAAAAAAAUAUUUAUUACUACUACCAUCCUUUAUUAUUUUUGUUAUUAAUCUAUGAUAAUACUUGUUACAAGAAAAAAUGUUGAAUGGGGUAUAAAUGAUAAAUUCUUUUGUCUUGGAGAUUCAGUUAUGUUAUAAUUAGUAGGUGAAUUGAAUUUGAUGCCUAUAUUAGUCUUAGCAUGUAGAAUGUGUCCAAAGAAUAUUGAAGCUACUAUGUAUGCUAUGUUAAUGAGUACAAUUAAUUUUGGUAAUCAAUAUAUAUAUUUUAUAUUUUUAUAGGAUCAACAUUAGGAUCAUAAUGGGGAGCCUUAUUUUUAAUCAUGUUGGGAGUUAAUUAAAAUGAUUAUUCUAAAUUAUGGCUAUUUAUUAUUGUAACAGGAGUAUUUAUUUUAAUGCCACUACCUUGGGUAGGAGUUGUUUAGGAAGAUAAGAUUUUGUAAUCAAGAGAUUAAUAGUUGGCUGAACUUAAAAAGAAAGAUUGUGAAUCGGACACUGUAUCUACAAGUAACUUAAGAUAAGAAGAUGAUUAACAAUAACUACUUUCAGAAAAUGAACAAUAAAAGUCAUGA